UGCUGCUAAGCAUCCAACUCAUCACACAGUACACCGAGCUCACUCACCAUGGCUGCUACCACUAAGCUUGUAGCUCUUGGCUUUGUUGUCCUCGUGAGCAUUGGCUUCACCAGUGCUUCACGUAUGUUAGCUAGCUCAUCCAGCGCCUCAGGAGGAGGGUCGGGAGGAGGAGGUGGUGGUGGUGGGGCGGGUGCAAAUGGAUACGGCGGAGGAAGCGGACAAGGUGGUGCCACUGGAUACGGCGAAACCUUCGUAGGUUCAGGUUACAAGUCUAACUAUGCCCAGGGAGCUGGUGGAGGAGGAGGAGAAGGCGGCGGCGGUGGUUCAAAUGGCGGAGCCGGAUCUGGUUCCGGGUCCGGCGGUGGCACUGGCAGUGGUGAGAGUGGUUCUACAGGUAGUGGCCAGGCCAGUGCUAAUGGUAGUGGUGGGGGUGAGGGCCAAGGUGCUGGCGCCAAUGGGUCUAGCGGACAAGGAGCCGGAGGGGGCGGUGGUGAAGGAUCUGGUGAGAGUCACAUAGCACCAGCUCCUUCUGCUGGUGGUUUCAGCUACUCUGAUGCCGGUGGUGCUGGUACCGGUGGUGGCGGCGGGAACAGUGGAAAUGGAGGUGGAGAAGGAACUGGAGCUGGAAGCGCCAGUAAUGAUGGAACCUCGGGCAGUGCCAUUGGACAUGGUAGCGGCAACGGUGGUGGCAUAGUUAAAGGUGUCGCUCAAGGGCCAAGCAUCGGAGUUGGGUCUGGUGCAGGCUCUGGAGCUGCACAGACCGGUAGCGAUGGCCCUUCUGGUUCCGGCUAUGCCGCCGGAAGCGGUGCCGGCGGCGGCGGUGGCGCAGGUGGAAGCGACAAUGGCGGGGUUGGCAGCGGUGGAGGCACGGGACAAGGGACCGGAACAGGGUCAUACCCUUAAAUUUCCUUUUCCAAAGAAACUAGAACGGGAGUCCAACAAGCAUUUUUAAUUUCUUCAUUUUACUAUACCACAUAAAGUUUAGUUUCUCUUCAUUCUUAGGAUUUUCAUUGUCCUCCUAAUAAAGGGCUCCAUGCAUGAUUCUAGUCGAAGCACGUAGAUAGUGGAACAAACCAGUUGAGAUGUAAUCGCUUUUGUCAUCGAAAAAUAUAAAUUUGCCUAUUCUUCUUUA